AUGCUUCAGCUUUUAUUUAAUAAUAAAACUCAACUUCAAUUGAAGCCCUAUCUUCCGUUCAAGGAUUAUAAUACGGAUUUACAUAAUCACAAUACUUCUUCACUUGCAUCGCAUCCCAGUGUUUUAAUUCACGUUGGAGAUAAUUAUUUCGACUUUCAAAGUUGCAUUUUGAAGUGUUUGCCUUCUCUUAAUAGUUCAUGGUUUGCUUCUAUUAAUCUGAAGGAGGGAUGUUCCUCAGUAGAGGUGAUUUACUCCAUUCUCAAAUCAGCUCAGACAAUUAAUGGAAGUGGUCUUAGAGGAAUUCUCUUCUUUGUUGAUGCAAUUCCAAAUGCUCCCAGUUUGCAUUAUCUAGCCAAUCAACCAGAAAUGCUAUCGGCUCCAUUUUAUACAUUUCUUUUAUCAAGAGAUGAUGUACCUCAGCUAGUUCGACGUUGUUCGGGUAUUUUGACAUCUGGUGGUGAUAACUCCCCUCUUUGUACAGUGUUUCUUUCACCUCCAAUACAUGAACGUACUUAUCGAAGAUCACGAUUAUGGAUUUAUCGAUCGGCUCAUUCACAGUCAAUUUCUCCGUCGUCGCCACCCUCCUUCCCCCGUCGACUUACAGUCACUUCGUCUGAUCAAUAUACAAACCAGUCGGUUGUUAGGACUGAAGGAGUUGGUGGUACCGCAGGGGGUUCAGCAGUAGGAGGUGGAGUGAGUAAUGUCGAAGAUGCUUUUCUCAAUCGAUCAUCCGUACUCUUUGUCGCUGUUUCCUUCAUUCUUCUCAUGUUCAUUUCCCUUGCUUGGCUCGUUUUCUACUAUGUCCAACGAUUUCGAUACCUGCAUAGCAAAGAACGUGCCUCGCGCCGUCUGGCCGAGUUGGCUCGGAAGGCCGUUGCUCGGAUUCCAUUGAAGCUUCUUCAAGCCGGUGACAAGGAAAUCGGAGUUAACGGGGAACACUGUGCCAUUUGUAUUGAACCCUAUCGGCCCUUCGAUAAUAUUCGGAUUCUGCCUUGCAGGUCAGUGUCCCGCCUUCUCUGUGUCCCCCCCCCCCCCACCUCUCUCGCAUCUCCAUUUUUUACUGGUCAUAAUAAUGUCUUGCCCCGCAACUACCCGCUCAGACAUGUCAUAUAA